ACACCUUAGCUACUGUCCCCUCACCCGCCCGCCCCGAUCUUUCCUCCUCCCUCUACUGUCUUGGACUUUUUUUAAUCUCUUGCACAAUCCAUUAAAUAGUAAUUGCCUUUCUUGCAACAUAUCUACAGAUCAAAUACCUCAAUCUUUCAAACACCCAUUUCUUGAUCUUCUUCUUUUUGUUUAUUUUAUUGGGUAAUUUCUUUGUUUUCUUCUUGUUGGAUGAUUUUUCGCUUUGCAUCAUGGAGCUUCAACUGGGUCUCGCUCUUCCAACCCAUACUAUCAAGGGGUUGGACCUAAAUAACUAUGGUUUCGAGCCUAAUAAGGAUGAGGGUGGCUCGAGCCAAGUGAUGAUGAAUCGUCAGGCUAGGCUUCAAUUGGGUGGUCCAUUGCUCUCUACAGGAACAAGUUCUGAUGAUGAUGGUUUUAGCAGCAAUCAGCAGCAAAAACGUAGUUUUUAUGAUGCUUUCGAGGAGAUUAGCAACGUGCCUCGAACGUUGCCUCUUUUGCUUUGGAAUUACCAGCCUAACAAGGAAGAUGAUGAUGAUGAACAUAAAGAUCAUGAGAAGAGCUUCACCUUAGCCUCGAACAACAGCGUUGAUGGUGAUAGUGACGGAAUUGUAGGGUGGCCACCGAUUAAGUUCAGGAGGAGGAAGAUUAGCCACCGGAAUAAACAAAAUCGAGUGGAGAACAAUCAGACGGUGGACAAUGGGUGUCCAGAUUGUCAUGGCAGGCCAUCAAAUUCCAUGUACGUUAAGGUGAAGUUAGAGGGAGUCGCCAUAGGAAGGAAAAUCGACCUAAGCCUUUAUGAUUCUUUCCAAGCUCUUAAACACACCUUGCUUGGCAUGUUUGGGAUAUGUCAAGAAAAUUCCACCAGCUAUAAACUUGCAUUUCAGGAUAGAGAUGGUGACUGGCUACUUGCUGAUGAUGUAUCAUGGAGAAGUUUCGUUUGGUCUGUCCAACGCCUCAAAUUGAUGAGGAGCAGCAGCAUGUGACCUAACAUCAUGAACUGGGGAUUUUCAAAUUUUGUGUACUGUUAGCUACUUUAAUAUGACCCAGAUCGUAAGGGUCCCUCGCACAAGCUUGAUAGUUUGAAUUUUGAUUAAUGACUGUAUGUAAUAUGUGUUGGUAAUGGAGAAUAAGCUAGUUAACUAUAUAACAA